AUGAUUAAUAAAUGGUUUGGCAGUUCGUCAUCACCACCGCCACAAGUUUCUUUUGGAAAGAUAAAUUCACCAACCAAGUUACCAACUAAUUCAAAAGUUUCGGAUGAAAUUGAACAAAAUAUUCGAAAGGCUGCAAAUGCAAUUUUAAAGCAAGAUUGGGAAGUUUUGCAAAAUAUAAAUCUGGAAUUGAUCAUUAAUGAUAAUUCGGUGCAAGGAGAAACAUUAUUAAUGACAGCUGUCAGAAAAAAAUGUUCAAGAGAAAUUAUUGAAUUUUUGGCUCAAGUUUCGAAUAUUGAUUUUAUGGUGAAAAAUCUUGAGGGAGAAAGUCUUUUAGAAGUAGCUAUUCGAAACAAACGAUACAAUACUAUAAAUCUCUUGAGAAAGAAAUACAAGGUUUCUAAUGAAAUUCGUCCCAAAUAUUUAAUUCAAUAUUUGUAUGCAAAAUUGAUUUACAGUGAUUCGAAUAAUUUUGAGGACUUUAGUCUUGACAGUUCUGGAGAGAUUAAUUGCAAUUUCCUUUCGAAUUCAAAAGAAGUGGCUUGUCAAUUUUUCGAAUAUGCAAAUUCGUACAGGUCUCUAUUGGAAAGUAUUGUAAACAAGUCAACUGCCAAUGCCAUGUCAGUAAGAUAUAUUCUUUCACACAAAUCAGUGACAUUUGAAUGUUGGGAGGAAUAUAUUGUGAAAAUGUUUGCUGAGAUGAUGGCGUACAGCUAUCCUCAUAUAAUUCAAAAACCAAUUUCCUCACCAGAAUUAGUCAAUCCUGAAAUUGACAGAUCAGCAAGAUGUGUCAUUUCAGGAAAUAGAAAAAACAAGCUAACAAAAGUCAAAUUGAAUGGAAUCGAAGUUUUAGAGAAAUUUUCUACAGAAAAUGAUUUACAAAAUGAAUUGGACGUUUUUAAGAAAAUCAAAUGUGACGGAGUUGUUAAAUUAUUACACGACUUUACUGAUGAAUAUGGAAUUACUCAUUUAAUUUUGGAAUUGAUGGAUUGUUCAUUGGCUGAUUGUUCAACACAAUUGACUAAUUUUGGAGUUGAUAAUUUUGGAAUGUUAAUUCAGGUAUUAUUUAUUUGUGUGAAAUGUUGUGAAACAAUGAAAUAUUUGCAUCGUGAUAAUAUUAUUCAUUAUGAUAUUAAACCUGCAAAUAUUUUAAUUAACAUGACAGAGGUUGAUGGAAUUAAACUUGUUAAGGAUGUGAAAAUUGCAGACUUUGAUGUUUCAUUAAUUGUUGAAAAUGUUGAAACUUAUUCAGCAACCAUUGGAGGAACAUAUCAAUAUAUGGCACCUGAGUUAUACGAAAGAUUACCUUUCCAAAAAGCGCAAAAUAACUCAAUGGAAUAUGUGUUAACUGCAUUUGACGUGUAUAGUUUUGGAGUCACCAUGUUUGAGUUAUUGGCUCGUAGGCAUGUUGAAACGGAUGAGAGAUUAGAGUCAUUUUUAUCUGCUAAAGAACUAUUAGAAACAUUUCCUUGCUUAACACAUGAUCAAGCUAGAAAAUUAGUCAAAAUUGGAAACAGUUGUUUAGAAGCAGAUCCUAAAAAGAGACCACCAUUCGAAAAAUUACACAAGUACUUCCUUGAGGUAACUGCUAGUAUUUUGAAGAAACCAAAAUCAGAAAGAAAUCAGUUAUAUUCUCUGAGUUUGCAGCAAUCUGAUAGAUAUAAGAUUCCUCAGCCAGUUUCUAAUAACCAUUUCACCGAACAAAUUACUAAGCCAUCCAUAAUUGAAAGUCCUGAGAAAAAAGACAAAAAACAAUUAACCAACCCUCGCAGGAACCAUUCCUCUAAUAAGAGAAUUGAGAAAGUAAGAGAUAUUGAGCAUACAAAAGGCUCUCCAAAUGGAGACGAGAUUAGGGCAGAAAACAGUGUUGGCAAUAGAGGAAACCCAACUCAAAGAUAAAUUGUAAUACUAACUCUUUCCAGCAUGAGAUAUUUAUCAAAAAACUAGUUUUCAGUUUGAAAACUAAUUGCCUUAUUAACUAUCCUCCUCGUUUCUGGUUUUAAUAACA